AUGACCAACAAAGUGAAGAUGUCACACUCUAAAGCCCGCAAGAACCAAGACAAGUCGGAGAAAGUAACUUUUUUGCCCAAAAACGGUCCACGGCUUCCCGUACCGCAGACCAAGGCCUGCAAGAUGGCGCCAAAAGCUCCGGACGGAGCAGCCCGCCUCCCUGAAGCAGAACCUCUCACAACCUCCUUCAUACAGAAAGCCCUGGACCAACAAUCCAGUAAGCUCAUCGCAAUUUAG